GAGUUGUCCAGUUAUUUCUCGUUGACAUUUGGACUGUUACAAUUUGGAUACCCAGAUCCGUAAAUUUCUUCGAUCCUAUUCAAGGUCAUGUCAGGGUACCAGUCCAGUAACAUGGCGGGAGGAGAGUUGUGGCUACAGUGGUUCUCCUGCUGUAUAAACCAGCCAGCGCAACAGAGGAAAAGACAAAGGCAGCAGAGGCGGAGAAUCGACAGAUCAAUGAUUGGUGAACCCACCAACUUCCAGCACACAGGACACAUCGGCUCCGGAGAUGUGGAAGUGGGCAACAGUCGACUGCGGGCCAUCCAGAACCAGAUGCAGAGCAAGGGUGGAUAUGAGACUUCCUUCACCACUGUAAAGGCCUGCUAGAGGAUCUGCGCCAUUGUACAUACCUACCGGCCCUGCGCAGGGAUGUCCGUCUUCAACUCGGUUAUUUUAUAUGUAUCAAUAAUUUGUACAGAAUUGAGUAUUUUAGUUUGUAAUUGUCCUAUUUAUUUCCUACAUUACUAUGUAUGCCCCACCGCCGGUCAAACUUGACAACACAAAAUAUUGUAUCGCCGCCGCCGGUUCAUUGAUUAUUCUAUCAGUACUUACCCAGCACAAAACUAUAGUUUAUAGCUUUAUUUCAUUUUAUGAAAAUGCUUUAUUGAUUGACUUCAUAUGAUUAACUUACUUUACUAUUUAUAUUAAUCAAAGAAGUGGCGUUUAUUAUUUGUUGUAAAAUUUUAUAGCCAUUUUAUAGUAUAAGACUAGUCAAAAAGUGUGAUGAUUAACAAAACACGCACAGUUGUGUGCAGAAUGACUUUAUAAACUAAUAGAUUCAAAUAAGGUAUUAUUUUAUAUUGUGUGAAUUAAGUUUGACUCUUUUUUUUAACACCGUUUAAAUGUAUUAUUCUUUCAGUAUGUGUAUUUCAGUUAUUUUUUACUACAUUGAUUAAUAUAUUUUUAUUUUUUUGUAUGAAGAGAACUGUUUUAGUUAUUAACUGUUUAAUUAGGCUAUUGCAUAUUAUCGUUUUUAAGGGACUAAAAGUUUUUAUUUAAAAAUUGAUAUCCUAUCAUCACAUGUUUGUGAUUGUCUUAUUAUUUACCAUUCACAUUGUAUUAUUUGACCGUGUUGCUCUCUGUGAUUAUUCCGUUGUUGACGUUUCUCUUUAUUCUUCUUGUAUUGUUGAUGUGUAUAUCAGUGUUGUACAGUAUAUUAGUAGUCAUAGGUUAGCUCUAGGGUAGGCUAGGUAGAUUACGGUAGUUGAUGCAAACCCAACCUCAAGUCUGAAUAAUGCCUUAUAGCCAAAACUGCCAUUUGACCUAUACAUGAUUCAUGGUUGCCUUUGUGUGGUGGACUUACUGUCUUCCAUCACAUGAGCUGUUGUAACUCUUUGGAAAGUUUUACUGUUCAACAAACACCAACUACUUGUACUGAUUCUUCGUGUCGUGCAGUAGUAUUGUAAGAUUUAUUUAUAUUCUUGUUAAUCUCUUUGUGGACAAUCGUAGUUAUAUAUUUAAAAAUUAGUAAUUUUACAGACUUUUAUGUUUAAUUUUUCCCAAUACGUGGUUUAAAAUGGAAAACUUUCAAAUUUACCUAAUAGACUAAGACAGAAUCUGUUGAUUAGUUUAUUUUCAAAACCCAUAUACAUAUUAGAGUUACAGUUUUAGAUGACUGACAGAUAUGAUCGGAAAAAAAACUGAGGACAUAGAAGGAAAAAAUGAUAGUUAAAAUUAUUAUCAGCCAACUAUGCACUAGAAACUAACGUUUGGCUAAUCAGUCACCUACUUGAGACACUCAAAAUUAAUUUUGGAGGAUUAAUCUAUUUGGUACAAAACCUAUGCAUUUUCUCUUGGUUGUAUAGUAAGCGUUUUAAAACUAAAACACAAGCGUUUCACAUUGUUUUGGAAUUUGUUCAUUAAUAUAACUAAUUGAUGUUGUUUUAUUACAAAAUAUACAGUAUUUGGUUAAGCCAUGUCUAUAUUUCUUAUGAACUGAAUUGUACAAAAAGCACUUAAAUGAAUUAAAUUUAAUACUAAUACAAGUACUGUAAAAAUAAAUUAAGACUCUUCUACUAUUAUUGUAAUCGAACAGAUCGGUAAAGGAGUUUGAUUAACAACAAUUAAAAACUUGCAAAUCAAUUUACUUGAUAACAAAAUAAUUUGACUGUUAUGAUACAAAACAAUGUGUACUGCUUUGUGUGUUUCAUUUGAAGUGCUGUUUUUUUUUUUUUUUUUUUUUUUUCAAAAGUAGUAUUGUAACAGGUGUAUUGAACAUGUAAUCUGUAUAGAAUAAUUAGAAGAUUUCAUUUUAUUAAACAAUAUUGUUAUGUUAUAAAAUGCGUCAAGUCUAAUGUCAGAGUCUACUGUGAGAAACAUGUUCAGAGUUGUUGGGUGAAUUUUGCCAUAGACUGGUGAAAUAUGUUCCUCAGGUAAAUGCAAUAUUCAGUAUAAAAUAUUCAGAUUAGACUAGCUUUGUACAAUCAGUGAUAUUUGUACUGGUAGUUUCACAGGUAUGGAUGUUUGUAUUAAAGUUACUUAGUGAGA